CCCCUCCUCCUCCCCCCCCCCUCGCGCCCGUCCCCGCCUCACGCUGGGCACAUACCUUCCCCCCUAAUCCCACCUCGCCACGCCUCGCCUCGCCAGCCUCGCCCCUCUCCGCGCACCUCCCUUUAUAGAUGUUCCGCCGGAAGAAAACGGGCGGCGUUCGCCUCAAUCUCACGACGGACACACUCGCCCCGCCGGAGGUGCUGAACCCGGCCCAGAGUGAUCCGGCGGCCGACCUGUCCUCCGAGCUCCAGUCGCUGGAGAUCAACACCGAGUACACCCUGGAGCUGCGGCCCAGCAAUGUCGUCAACAUCAAGGAGGUUGGCGCCGGCUCCGGCGGCACUGUCAUCCGCGCCCGACACACGGUCACCGGGCGCCUGCUGGCCCGCAAGAUCAUCCACCACGUGGUGGCCGGCCCGGAGGAGCGGCGCCUCAUUCUGCGCGAGCUGCAGCUCAUGAAGGACUGCCAUGCUCCGACCAUUGUCACUUUCUAUGGCGCCUUUUGGGACGACGGCGAUAUCUCGGUUUUCAUGGAGUACAUGGAUCUCGGGUCCUUCGAUCGCAUCAUCGGUCUGGUUGGGCAUCUGCCGGAGCACUAUUGUGCCCAGAUCUCCCUGGCCGUCCUGGAGGGCGUGGACUACCUGUACCGCACCCACAAAAUCAUGCAUCGUGAUAUCAAGCCCUCCAAUAUCCUCUUCAACACGGCCGGCGAGAUCAAGAUCUGCGACUUCGGUGUCAGCGGCCAGCUGAUUAACUCCAUCGCCAACACCUUCGUCGGGACCAAGUGGUAUAUGGCCCCCGAACGCAUCCAGGCCCGCGACUACGGUGUUCAGUCCGACUCCUGGUCCCUCGGUCUCACGAUGAUGGAACUUGCCAUCGGUCGGUUCCCCUUCCCCUCCAAGGGGUCAGAGGGCCAGGGUGAUGUCGAGCCCCAGAAGAAGCUCUCCAUCAUCGAGCUGCUUUCAUACAUUGUCAAUGAGAAGCCCCCUCGCCUGUCGGACCACCCGCCGCGCAAUGCCGACGGUACCAUUGACAAGGACGCGCCUCCGUUCUCCCAAGAUUUCGUGGACUUCCUAGAUGCCUGCCUCAUCAAGGACGACGCCACUCGGCCCACCCCGAGCAUGCUGCUCGGCACGGUCCCCGAGACCGGCGAGAUCCUCGGACAUCCGUUUGUGCAGAAGGCUCGUGCCGCCCGGCCAGGCGUCGACCUGGUCGCGUGGGCCAAGGUCAUCAGUGCCGCCAUGGCCGAGGCACCGUCUCCCACCAGCUGCAAGGCGCCUCCCUAUCCCUGACGCGCCCUCCUCACUUGUUCGCAUUUUCUGCCCUGUUGCAAAUGCGCACAGGCACGCAAAGACACACACACGCACACUCAAAUGUCCUGUAGAUUCCCCGUCGUGAUGUUCAUCACACCCCAGCCUGUCGCUCGUUGUCUCUCCCUCUCUCCCUCUCUUCCUUUCUUUCUUUAGUUCCCGCUCUCUUUCGCACCCCCGUCUACAGGUGUGGGGACCCAUACCGGGACACGAGUCGAACCAAGUGUGCAUGCACACUUGCACACAAGGACCGAACAAGAGCGUGCAUGUGCUCAUGUACCGCGUGCUUGCAUCCGACGAAGGAGAGGGUCCACGCGAGGUGUCGUCUCUGUGAGAGAUCGCUCGGACUGGCCAGGGGGGGG